ACAGAACCGACGUGAUUCGAAUCGUUAUUAAGAAUCAGAAUAACACACACUUGUUGAGUCCUGUCAAGUGUUUCUGUUUUAUUUCAUUAAUGUUCCACUUAUCCAAAGAGGAAAAUAGGUUUAGUAGUAAAAAUGCUUUACAUCCCAAUAUGCCUUGUUUAGGGCACAAAAACCCCCCAAAAACCAACUCGAAGUGCGCGAGUGUCGUCGAUCAGGAGCGAACACGGAGUAAAAGUGUAAUAAUAGACAGCAGUUGAACCUCCGUGUGUUCAGUGCUUUAAACAGACUGUAUUAAACGCUAAAAACAGUCCGAGUUUAAUGUUAAUGUAAGGAAGGAGGGCGUGGUUUAAAGUUUGAAGGCGGAGCUAUAAAUUAGAAGUUAUUAGAAGUGAUUCAGGUGAAAAAAUAGUUCCAGAUUCGUAUUUUACGUGUGUGUGUGUGUGUGUGUGUGUAUUCUGUAUCAUUAUCCAGGACCGUCCUUACUCCCCUCAGCACCAUGUGUGACCAGACGUUUUUAGCGAUCACGUUCGGCGCCUGCGACAACUGCAGCCAGAACAAACCUCUGAUGAACAUCUACCUGCAGAACGAGCCGGUUAACUACUGCUCACUGUGUGUGGAGAAGAUGGCGUGUCAGGGUCUGGCGAAGGGGGAGAGCGUGGCGUCGCUGAAGGCCGAGGCGGAGAGUUUGAAGGUCAAACUGGAGCAGGAGAGAACCAAACUGCACGAUGCGGACCUCAAUCAGAUGGCGGAGAAAGUGGAAGCUCUGGGUGCGGUCACGCUGAAGAACCGUCGCACGCUGAAGGGUCACAGUAGUAAAGUGCUGUGUAUGGACUGGUGCAGUGAUAAGAGACGCAUCGUCAGCUCCUCACAGGACGGGAAGGUCAUCGUCUGGGACGCCUUCACAACUAACAAGGAGCACGGUGUCACCAUGCCAUGUACGUGGGUGUUAGCGUGUGCGUACGCUCCCUCGGGCUGUGUGAUAGCGUGUGGUGGGUUGGAUAAUAAAUGCUCUGUCUAUCCCCUGUCUCUGGAUAAGAGUGAGAAUUUGGCAGCGAAGAGGAAACCGGUGGCCGUUCACACCAACUAUCUCUCCUCCUGCAGCUUCACCAACUCUGAUAUGCAGAUCCUGACCUCCAGUGGUGACGGUACGUGUGCAUUAUGGGAUGUAGAGAGCGGGCAGCUGCUGCAGAGUUUCCACGGUCACUCGGCUGAUGUGCUCUCGCUGGACCUGGCUCCGUCUGAGACAGGAAACACCUUCGUCUCCGGAGGUUGUGAUAAGAAGGCUAAUGUGUGGGACAUGCGCUCCGGUCAGAACAUCCAGUCCUUUGACACUCACGAGUCGGACAUCAAUGCUGUAAAGUACUACCCGAGUGGUGAUGCUUUUGCCACUGCAUCUGACGAUGCAACAUGCCGUCUGUAUGACCUGAGGGCCGACCGCGAAGUGGCCGUUUACUCUAAAGAGAGCAUCAUCUUCGGCGCCUCCAGUGUGGACUUCUCCCUCAGUGGGCGACUGCUGUUUGCUGGCUAUAACGACUACACUAUAAACAUAUGGGACGUGUUAAAGGGCACCCGGGCGGCGAUCCUGUACGGGCAUGAGAACCGGGUCAGUAAGGUCCGAGUGUCGCCUGACGGUACCGCGUUCUGCUCAGCAUCAUGGGACAACACACUACGGGUGAGGAACCAGUCAUUCCUAUGA